AUGUAUUGGCUUCACGAAGCAAACAAGCUCCGCGACGGGAUGGUCGCUGUUGGUGACGGAGUGUUUCCUUUCCUCGAAGUUCAGGUAACGAGGCAAGAAGACGUAACCCUCCAGACCGGUGCCUUUCGAAAAGCGACAAACACGGAGAAACUUCUUCACUUUGGCCGCAUCAGCAUACACUGCAGCACGGAAGCCGAGAAACUGCGGAAGCGUGAAACCCUAUGGCACCUCUUCCUUGCCAAUGGAUAUCCGCGCAGUUUUGUUAACAAAUGCCUAUACCAAAGACAUAGGAGGUCUGGCCGUGAGAACACGCAAAGACCUGAAAUCUUCCACGUUCUGCCUUACGUGAGGAACAUCUCCGAAGCCACUGAGCGCAUGCUAAGGUCACUAAGUGUGGGUGUUGGUCACCGACCGGAGGCCACCAUCCGCCGCUUACUCAUGCAACCCAAGGGCCGGCUACCACCUGCAGACACGUCAGGCGUCAUUUACCGCGUCAAAUGUCUAGCCUGUCUGGCCAACUACUGCGGCAUGACGGAUAAACGACUGCGCACGCGCUUGCAUGAACACGUCUUAGUCGUAAAACGAAAGGAUGUAUGCUCACACGUCGCCAUGCACAGUCUAGAACAUAGUCACUUGUUCGACUUUGACGGUGCCCAAGUACUCGGCCGAGCCGAAAGCAAGCUGGCAGGAGAAGGAAUCGAAGCCUGGCAAUCAGACGCCAACUCUAUCAAUCGCAGUAUUGACCUACCAGCGCCAUACGAGGCCAUCAGGCACCACUUGCGCGCGAUAGCAGGGCCAAUAAGAGGAGAGCGGGAUCGACCUAUCAGGCGCGAGUGCGAAUGACCUACUUAAACCAUAUAUUUCUCAUUUGGCCUGUCUCCGAUGACGUGCUCGAGUACGACUACGAAACGUCAGAUGAUUAAAUCUUUCUCCCCAGAGAUCGCCUUACCUUCUUCUUCCAUCUCAACACCUGAGGUCAGAAUUCUCGCUUCUAGUCAUAUAUAUAUAUAUAUGGUAGAGAAGCGCUCACCGAUUGUUCUUACGGAACUCACUCGUCCCGUUGUGCCUUACGGGCUCUCCCUCUCGAGUCCAACCAGCAGCCGCACAGCGGCGCAUGAUAUAGGCGGAAUGGUGUUAUCGACAAAGACAGGGGAGACUGGAACGGCCAUUUCUGGCCCUCGUCAGCCAGUCAUACCCAACCCCCAAUUGUGGAACACCCGAGGCUCGAACUCGCAACCUGUUGGUUGGAAGUGCAACGCCCCCAACCACUGGGUCACGGGCCCGCUGUCUUGUCGGUUGCGAUCGGGAAUAUGCAAUGGUAGAGGGGCGCUCACCGAUCGUUUCUACGGUACUCACUCGUCCCAGGGUGUUCCACACUUCGGGGUCUGGAAUGACUGACUGACGACGGUUAACAAGCCAGAAAUGACUAUUCCAGUCUGCUCUGUCUCUCUCGGUGACAUCAUUCUGGAUAUAUAUAUCUUGACGAUUCAUAACUAACAUGCACUUUUCUCCCUUGUCUUUCUGCAGGUGUAGUUCUCCUGCGAUCUCCGGUCUCGGUCCGCCCAACUGUAUCCACCUAGAUUUCGCACCAUGCCUUGCUGAUCUUUCCUCCGCACCUACUUCUCCCCCAAUCUCAGGCGUUGAUGGAAACAGCCCCUUCUCCACCGGCUCUUCGUCGUCGGUGGUGGUGGUGGCGGCCACUGACGCUGCGAAGGAAGCCUGCGGUGUCCUUGAUUUUUCCUCCCCCUCCUCCUCAUCUAGCUCCACCUCACCUUCCCUCUUCUCCAUGGGUAGUAGCACAAGUUGUACAGCAGCCACGGUGGGGGGCACCAGCGUCCCCCUCUCUUCUACGGAUCGCAUCGGGGCAUCCCGGAAGCGCACCCAACCUCUCCAAACUACUCUCACCGCCUCGGCAUCUGCCACAUCCAUCUUGUCUUCCAAGUGCCUCUCUGUAACCCAGACAAAACCGAAGAAGCCGGCUGGCCUGAUCAAUCGACCGACUUCUGCCUUUUGUCGAGCCGGUAAGGCAGUAGGUUCGCUGUCUUUUCUCAUUAAGGUGUUCAGCGCCUUUAAAAUGCUGUUUUGUGAUCUACGGGUUUGACUGAGGAGAGCAGUAUGGGCUGCUCUAGACGAUUUACUUUCUUGGCGAAAGAUUUUCCUGAUCUAUGAAAUUACAACAUCGUAAUAUCACAGAGUAACCGCGUACUUCUUUGUGUUAUCGCGGUCCGUUACCCUACUUCGCCAUGUCAAGUCUAAUUACCCAUCACUCACUAGCUAACUAUACUAUCUAUUAAUCGAAAUUAUAUAACAGAUGUGCUAGCUCAUCGAAAUGUUGACCGAAAUUCUGAAAUGCGUUUUCGGUCUGAAAAGAUUAAUCACCAUGCAGCAUAAUCCCAUGAUAAUUCAUGUUGCCGGUCUUUGAACGAACUUCUUUCUGACAGCUUGCAAAAAAUGCACUCUGUAUCGAAUGAUCACUCAUGCAGCACGAAAUUUUCUCAUUUAUUUUCGAUGCUCUUAUGAAUUCAUCUCAUAGGAAACAUGUGUAAAAAUAUUCAUUCUUUCACUCAUUUGGUGGAAAAUUACAUUCUCUUUAAAUUUUAUACUUGAAGGGAAAACAUAAUUCGGCUUUCAAAGAGUUUCUAAUCAUGAGAUUUUGAAGACCAUGAAAUGCCCGUUCAUAAAGCCAAGUGUCUCUGCAUUUACUAAUGUUGCUUGUAAAGUUUACAACAUGGUUUUAAUCCACUACUAAAUUUUAUAGACCCCAUAUUGUCGUCGCUUAACGCCAUCUAGAAAUGUAUGGUUUUCCAUGCAUAGAAAAUAUGCAACUUGUAGUUUGAAAGCUUUAAAUGCGAGUGUAAGGGCAGGUCGUAUUCAAAAUUAUUCGGGAAUUGGAAAAGUUUUUUAAAACCGAAUUACGUCUUUCCUUCAAAUGUAAAGGUUUGAAGAAAACGCAAUUUUCUACCAAAUUAAUGAAAGGACGAAUAUUUUUAUGCAUGCCUUCUAUGAAAUAUAUUUGAAUUUGUAAGUGCAUCGAAAAUCAAUGAAAAAAUCCAUGCUGUUUAAGUAGUCAAUCUUUACAGAGUGUUGUUAUUGCAGACGUCCAGAAAUAAGUUCGUUUGAAAGCCGACAUCCUGAAGUAACUGAAUGAUUAAGGGAUUAUGCUACAAGGUAAUUAAUAUUACAACCCUAUAUGAGGAAAUUUUUCGGAUCGAAAGCGCAUUUCAGAAUUUCGGUCAAUAUUUAAUGAGUUGGCACAUCUACCAUAUAUAUGUAUGCAUAUAUGCAUGCCAAGAAGGCGCGCGACCCUCGUUGUUGUGAUGAGGAUCGUACUCGAUCCUCCGGUCUGCUGCCUGCCAAACCCAACUAAAAGCCGCAGGUGACGAAUGCUUUUUGUUCUGGUCAUUGGCCACAGUAAUUUUUUGCCACGUCUAGUGUUUUGCUGUUAUGGCAAAAAAUUAGGGCGUUUUUACAGUUGGAUUUAGGCCUUUUUAAUGCGGUGACCCUGUUCGCUUUACCCUCUCUCUAACCAAUUCGUGGACAAUUAAUCUGUUCAAGCAGGACCUAUUUGGUUUAUUUCCCCCUCGAAAACUGACUUCAGGUUUUGUUCGCGACCGGAAUUCCCCUCUGGAGGGCAAACAGUCCAGGCACAAUGGGCCAAGACUCUCCUACUUCUUCUGAAUACCCAUAAAUAGCACUUCCUUUCCGAGUUAGAGAUGAAAUAGGGAAGUAAACGCGAUUUUUUUGUGCGCAGUCUGUAGGCGCUUUGAAUUCACUCAGUAGACAAGCCGGCUGUAGUAUGACAGGUGGCUCAGAAGGAUGUUCGCCCAUUAAUCGCUUCCUGUUGUGUGCGCACGCGUGUGCCGUUUUAUCUCGACGAAAAUCUGCUCACGGCGGCAAACUUGCUUUCAGUUUUCGCGGAACCAAAUAGCACUCCUUUAAAGUAUAAAAUAGAGCAGUUAUGGUGAGAUGCUUUUGCGAAAAGUUGAACCGACAGGAAAUAAUUCAUAACGAGAAAUCUGGUGACAUCAAGCCUGACUUCGGGUACAUCCUGUCGCCAAUCUUGUACCCGCCCAAUGAUUACUCGAUUGCGUGCUGGUUUGAAUAUUUCCACGAAAAGAAGCAAAUUUUAGACCGACAUUAGGGAUGUGUCUGACGAUAUUCUCUUGCUCUCCAUUGUUCCCGAUUUAAAAAUGUGAUAUUCAAGCUGAUCUGGGAAUUGGACGGAGCGCUCAACCAUGUGAACCAGCAAUUCGGACUGGCUAUCGCCUGACUGCCUGCGAGUGUGAUAACCCUCAUGGGAGUCGCGGGCAUUCAUCUGCCCGGAUGUAUGAUGAAGUACAGUGGUUUCGGUUUAGAACUCCCGUGGACGCUUGCAUGACGGUGUGCAAUCAACCGUUCUUGUCGAUUUGUCGUCGUCAACAACUCCAGGUCGGAGAGACGUCUGAGCUGAAUGUGAGUCCAUUUGGUCAUGGCGACAGGCGCUUUGGUAGUGGAGUUCCCAUCUCACUGCCUGCUAUCGGAAUAUUCACAGGUCCCCUGCGAGCAGUGUUCAGCUGACCUGCAGAAGUGCCUGCGUGAAUGCACGCGACCGGGGGCUAAACGUCACUUGGCUGCUAAUUCCGGCACUAUUCGGCUGGACAAAGUGAGGUCCGGUCUGGGGAUAGAAAUGGCUAUCCGCUGCCGCUAAUUGUAAUUCACGAUAUCGCAAUGUCACAAACAGCUAGGGCUUCUUUUGCCGCCAGAGACGUGAUGGAUCAUUUGGGACUCAGUUAUCAUCUCUACACAUCAGUUUCAGGCUGGGAGGUCUUCGGAUAAUGACCUCGGUGGGCAUUUUUUGGAUCGAGCGAGAUCCGAAGUUCCGCCAAUGGACGACGCAAGUCCACGCGCGCGGCCACUGCGAUAUUCACACUUUUCUGCGAAGGACACCUACCGAUUUGACCUCGUCGUGACUGAAAAAGGCGCAAGGUCUUGGAGGUUGGGUGGUAGGGUUUGGGUUUCGUAGGAAAGACGUUAGCUACUCAGAUUACGGGACGUGCUCUUUCUGUUGCACCUUGAGGCUCAAUCUACAGACUUCGCAGGCGGGCGGACAAUUAAGCAAGAGGAGGAGGAGGAGUAUCGACGAUGACAAGGGACAGUGGGAUAGCGAUUUCUCGGACAUCAGACAUCAUCAGGUAACCAUGUCCAUCGGUCGUUUUACAAACUCCCUGCCCAGAUACAAGUUUGGGGGCUCUCAUCAAUUUGGAGAAAGUAUUGUUUAGUCAGCUGUAAUUAGGAUUUCGUUGCUUACUCGCGCUAAUCACUGUCAUCAUCUACCGACUGCGUCUUCAGCAACAAUCCAGGCGAGUUCAACAACAGUAUGAUCUGAAUUUUCCCCUUGUGUUUGACAUCCACGUUAAGAGAUGUUCGCUGGAAAUUUUCGGUGAUUUCAGUACCGCCCUGACAAUCAGCAGUGACAUUGAAACUACAACCAGCACUCCCUCCCCUUAUCGUUUUACUCAGACUUCGAGCUGAUUUGUUUGCUUAACAUUACGCCUGUAGAUCCAAAUUUGGGCUGGAGCCUCCCCCCGGUCGAGGCCUAUGUGAAUUCGUUAGGUCACAGUCUGGUAUUGUCGGACUUCGACAGUUAAGUGGGCCAAACCAGUCUACGGGAGUCGCGCCACGCCAUGAUUCGGCAAACCAUGGCCCUCGCAGCCUGGUGUGUGCAGGCCCUUCCGUGGCACCUGGUUCUCUGUCGGUAGAUGUGCUUGCGCUCCUACUGAGUAUGCAGGUCUUCAGCAUCACUGCCCAAUCAUCCUCGUCCUUCUGACUCCUCGGGGUGUUCCUGUCGGUCAAGGUCCUAGUCAAGUGUUUGUUUUGGACCAGGCGGUGUGGUGGUACACCUGGGUGUGAGUCCGGUCAUGCAGGCCACCCGCGCCCUCCCUCGCCUCCGGUCUUCUUGACUGUGUUUUGACACCGUGCCCAGGUGGGGGAGGAGGAGAGAGUGCGGUGGACGCUGCGAAAGUCAUCGUGCCUGGUUCGGCUUGUUGUGGAGCGCAUAUUGUGGACAUCGUCGGUUGCAACGGCCGAACUAUCAUGGUUUUGAAUUAUACAGUAUGUGAUCCAAUUCAUGAAACUUAAUGCCGGAAACUGAGAUGACCAUUUCGGAACUUCUAAAAUGUUGUGCGUUUUACUAAAUCGCCCAGCCCGUCGCGAAAAGUUCCGUUCUUCAUGUGAAAUAAGUUUCCAAGUCACUUGCAUGGGUAACCUGGAACAUGAUUUUGUUUCGGGUUCAUUUCCAGUCAUCAGUGUGUCAUGGAUUCUGUCUCGUCAUUUGAAAUGCACUCCUCCAACGUGUAAUCACUUAACAGUGCGCUAAGCCUAUGAAACUGAAUUUGCUCAUCGGAACAAAUUUGUUCUCCUGCUGACGCUUCGGAGAGCUUGGCUGGUUGUCCGUUUUCAAAACGAUUAGUGCCGAAAGUUGACCAAAAGUUUGAAUAAACGACUGAGCUAGUCGCUGUCCGAGCCUUUUGACGUACGCUGGCGGUACCCGUCGUCACCUCCAUGGAGGGCGCUUAUAACUCUGCCUUCCCUGUCGAGUGACCUCGUCGCGUGCAGAUGUCUUAGGUUCAUGGUGACCAGCCCGUCCUGGUCUUUACAAGCCACGAUAAGGUUUGGAUGCCUAUUUAUAGAGUUGGCAUCUGAAUACCAUGUCUCAAGAGCUAGUUGUUCUUUUUAAGGUGCCUCAACCUAAGAUUGUCGCUCCUUGAAGGUCAAAGCUGUGGCCAGUUUUUCCAAUAUUAUUUGCAAGCUACGCGUAUAGGUCUAGCCUCCGAAUUACACUGCUUGUACUCAUGUAGGCGGACAUGCAGUUUGCAUUCGCUUUCUCCGACGUAGUUGCAGUCCCCAUAAUUGCAACAUACUUGGCAGGCAGAUGUCGUGGCCUCAAAAAGGGGGCGAUCUCUCCUUAAGUCGCAUCACACGGCGGCAAAUUGUUGUCUGGGGUCGAUGGGUUAUGUCUACUCUGGCGGCUUGUAAAAAUGGAGAAACCGCCUCUGUGACUUCUUUUAUGUAGGGACUUCAGCUGGCUGCUCUUACUGUUGGUAUUUCCCACGAUGAGGACUGCAUAUUUAUCUCAAAGUCGCAGGCAAUACACUCUUACUGCAGAAAUCCCACCCGAUCUCUUCACUCACCUACUGGGCUACCUGGCAUGUCCAGAAGAGAUCUUUGUCGGGAGGAAACUAGGACCCAACAUGACCGAUGACUAGUCAUUCGCUGAUUAGAAGCGGCAUUACCACCGGCACACUGGUUGGCCUACAAAGUACUGUAACACAGCGUAGUAUAAGCAUACAGUAGGUGUGCUAACUCAUGAACGGCUAACCGAGAUUUUGAAAUGCGUUUUUUGGCUCAAAAGUUUGCUUAAGUAGGGUUGUAAUAUUAAUUAUCGUGGAGUAUAACCCUACGAUAAAUCAGUUACUUCUGGAUACUGGAUUUCGAAGGAACUUCUUUUUCUGUGUCUGCUAAAAUUACACUCAGUAAAACGACUAUUUAUGCAGCUCGAAGUUUUCUCAUUGGUUUUCAAUGCCCUUAUAAAUUCAAAUAUACCUCAUAGAAAGCAUUCAUUCCUUUACACAUUUGGUAGAAAAUUACGUCUUCUUUAAAUUUUAUAUUUGAGGGAAGGCCAUAAUUCGGUCUGUAAAAGGUUGCUAAUUAUGAGAUUUUUAAGACCGUGAAAUACUCGUUCAUAAAACAUCAUGUUUCUGCAUUUACCAAUGUGGCUUGUAAAGUUAAACAUAUGACCCAAAUCCACUGUUAAGUCAUCUGAACCCCAUAUGGUCUCCUCAUAAUGCUGUAUAGAAAUGUAUGAUUUUCCGUACACCAAAAAUAAUACAUCCUGUACUUUGGAAACCCUGAAUGCAAGUGUAACGGCAAGUCGGGUUCAAAAUUCUUCGGGAAUUGGAAAAGUUUUUAAAACCUAACUAUACCCGUCCCCUAAGUGCAAAAUAUAAAGAAGACGCAAUUUUCUACCAAAUUAGUAAGAGUAUGAACAUGCAUGCUUUUUGAGUUACCUUUGAGUUCAUAGGGACACCGAAAAUCAAUGAGAAAAAUUCAUACUACUUAAGUAGCCACUUUUACUCAUGGUGCGAUCCAGCUCCAGCGAGCUGUUGUGGGCCAUCUGUACAGAACAUUUUCAGAACACCUGGCAUGAAGCACAAGUAGGUGACGUUAGUGUUGUUUAGCAAUAUUGUACCUGCCUAAUCCAGCGUCGCGGCCUAAUUUAUUCGGAUUCGAACUUCAACACAUCCCCGAUGUGCCUUAUAGGGUACUCUACGCCGUGUGAUCUGACGGUUGGAUCUCAGUCUGGGGGAUAUAAUUCUAGUUGGAAACGCCUACCACACACCAUCACCGAAACUCAUGUCACAAGCGUCACUCUAACCUGUCCUCCUUGCUUUUAUUCACUAUGUUCAUAGUUCGUUUUAAUUGCGAUAUGUGUGGCGAACUUCAGGACUCCUAUAAUGACAUUUUGGAAGAAGCUUUGGUAAGAUGUGGUUAUGCAGCCGCACCUAAUGGACACAAUACUGUUGGGGGGUUAGGGUUGGGUGUAAGGAUUAGGAGUUCGGAAGUAGGGUCAGGGGUAAGAGUUAAGGGUAAGUGUCAGGAAUUAGGGUUUGAGGUUAGGGUUAGAGGUUAGGGCGUCUAGUUCCUAACCACUCAAAGUGCAACCGCGCACUCCCAAUAGCUUUUCUUUUGUAUAUAAUUACUUGAUCUCGGCGCCCGUGCGUUUUUCGGCUCAACCUAUAAAAAACCCCAUUACCACCGGUCCCGUUUUAUAGGUGACUGGAGUUUGUUUACAUCGGGUGGGGCUGCAUAACUACAUCUGACUGAAGCUUUCAAGUGAAAAGGAUUUCUUACAUUAAGCCACAAUACUGACUGGCAUGCAAUAUAAUCUGGAAGUACUUCAUACGUGCAAGGACGCUGUCUUCCGAUCGAGUGUCUUUCCCUGCCCGCCAAAAUGACUACUUAUGUAAAGUGCACCUUUCCCAUAGACAUUUCAGGUCCGCAUAACUUUGAUCCUGUUUAAGAGGAAUAAAUACGCUAAAGGUUCACUUAUUACGCGACUGUUGUAUAAAGUUAGGCCUGUUUCGAACUGUUUGCCUGAAAGAAGUCUGCCCCCUGGUUGUGAUGAAUGUUUGCCAAUUGUUUUACCGUUUUAAGCCCAGUUUACUGUUACGCUUGCGUUUCUAAACUGCAUGCUAUGAGCAUUCUACAUAGAAAAAAAGAUAUAUAAGCAACGGUAGGGUAAAGGACCCUAAUCGUCACACUCGCAUUCAGGGUUUCCAAACUACAAACCACAUAUUUUCCGCGUACGGAAAACCAUACGUUUCUCUACGGUAUUAAGUGGACACCAUAUGGGGUUCAUAAAAUUCAGCAGUGAGUUUGAACCAUGUUGUUAACUUCAUGAGCCACAUUGGUAAAUGCAGAGACACGGUGUUUCAUGAGCGGGCAUUUCACGGUAUUAAAAAAGUCUCACAGUUAGGAACUUUUCGAAAACCGAAUUUUCCCCUUCCUCCGAGUAUAGAAUUGGAAGAAGACGUAAUUUUCUACCGAAUGAACGAAAGAGCGAAUAUUUUUAUGCAUGUUUUCCAUGAAAUAUAAUGAAAUUUGCAUGCCAUCUAGGUAGUCAUUUUUUGCAGAGUAUGGAUCCUGCAUGUAGCCGACAAUAAGUUUUUUCGAAAGCCAACACCCUGAGUUAACUGGAUCAUUAUAGAUUUAUGCUGCAUCGUGAUUAGUUUUACAACACUACUUAAUUUAUCUUUUCGGAAGGAGAAUGCAUUUCGAAAUUUUGGUUGACAUUUCAUGAGGUAACCCACCUAUUAUAGCUGUCGGUAGACUGCGGAUCGUCUGUUGAUGUAUGUACUUGCGAAGCCUGUUUAAGCACCGAUGACUGGCAGUUACACCCAAGAGCAGAGAAACAAAAACGGAGAUUAACUGAGUAUGAAUUGAGAGAUAAGAGAAAUGUCUGCUAGGGGAUAGGCUCAGUUGCUCGAUGGUCAAGCACUCUGCCAAGAUGGAACGCCAUUGAAUACCCGGCUGGAUGCCGUAUCUGCGUACAUUCAUCAUUUCAUCCGAAAGAAUCGUUUCUGCCACCGACCGCCUUCUGUGUUUUCCUGAAUUCUGUCUGUUUACUGUCCGGCGUGCUGUUCCACUCGUAAACCUCCAACCAAUUACCCACAUUUUCGUAUGACACGAUCCACAGUAUAACGACUGCUAAUUGGAGUCCUUCCCCUGCGCAAUCAGCAGAAGACCACCCAUUAGUCAAAGAGUUCCUCAACAAUGGUGGGAGGGCGCUCACCGAUCGUUCUUACGGAACUCACUCGUUCCGUUGUGCCUUACGGGCUCUCUCUCGAGCCCAACCAGCAGUCGCACAGCGGCGCAUGAGAUAGGCAGAAUGUUAUUACCGACAAAGACAAGGGAGACUAGAAUGACCAUUUCUGGCUUGUUAGCCGUCGUCAGCCAGUCAUACCCAACCCCCGAGUGUGGAACACCCGAGCCUCGAACUCGCGACCUGUUAGAAGUCCACGUCUCUAACCGCUGAGCCACGAGUCCGUUGCCCUGUCGGUUUUCGAUCGGGAAUAUACAAUGAUAGGGGGGGUAGUGCAGGGUGACCCACACUUCGGAGUUGGGUAUGAUUGGCUGACGACGGCUAAUAAGCCAGAAAUGGCCAUUCCGGUCUUCUUGAAGAAGAAAAAUAAGAAGAAGAAGAAGAAGAAGAAGAAGAAGAAGAAGAAGAAGAAGAAGACACGAUCACCAGUCUUCCUUGUCUUUGUCGGUAAUAACAGUUCCUCAACAGUUAUGAAUCACGCGUGUUCUCUAGAGGGACACUGACAAAUGUGCAGCAACCCUGCUGCAUGGAUGCUCGACUGAAAUUCGGCAGACUGGCGUGUAUUUGAUCAUAUUGUAUGCUAGUUCAUAUUUUAGUUUCCUUUGUUAAUUCGCCCGAAAAUUCCCGUCAUCUGUUCAUGACUUUCGUCACCUAUUGUAUUUUCGGCAUGACGAGCUUUGUCACCGACGGAGUUGCCGUCAUUUGCCGCAGCAAGCAGUGGCAACAUUGUAUUGCAACCUGCAGCAACUUCUGCGAGCAGAAGGCGAGACAUGGUCCAUGGCUCUGCGAUCCAAGCCUCAGUCGGGAGGGGGGAGGGACACAAUCUACGUGAAGUAUAGGAACCCAGUAGUUGGUCCGAAAACUCGUGCCCGCGUAUGCAGGCCCUAGGCCCCCCCCCUUCUCCGCCGAUUGAACUCGGGUGGACCGGCCCCAUUUUGUGAGCUAACACCAAAAGAGCAAUGCUAGUCGGUUAGGCGCCAAGCACUUGGGAUGAGUUACGAUUCCUCGUAACUACGACCGCUUUUCUUUCACCGAGACGCACCGCGGGCGAAUUGGAAUUUUACUUAGCCAGCUGCAAUAAAAUUAUUGGGUUAAGUAGUAAGUCUUUGUAGUUUUUCCCUUCGCACGCAAUUUUUUCGUCAACUCGCCUUGUUGGGGUAAGUGUUGCGCAGUAUUAGAAAGCAGUUUUUGCUCUUCUGCAAGGAAAUUCUCGCUUUUUUCUGUGGCAUUCACUAUUUCCUGAUUUUUAACCUGAAGUAAUGAGGAAUCAAGCUGACAAGGAGGCAUUUUCGACACCAGUUUCUUUACGCGUUGAGUCAAGACCUGAAAGUCACCAAAGCUACCCGUGACAUUAGAGCUGCGUACCGUGAAGACGCUAUGCCUGAAAAAAUUCUUAAUAUCAGUUCGUAAAAGUUAAUAAUGGCAGAUUCGAAAUCAAAGACACGCCCCGGCUACGAACAGCCAACUGACUUUGACGGGGGUGUCUGAAUGCACUUUUGGAGGAAAGUGGUCGAUAAGCCGUCAGAAAAUUGAUGAAAAAUAUGUACUGACAUCAUCUGACCGGCUUCUACCACUUGGAGUCGAUGGUGCAAUUUAAAAGGCCUAAAACAGACGAAACAGCGAACAUCAGCGCCCUCCUUUGGCUGCUGAUACGCUUGUGUCUGCGGUAUAAACUCAUUCUUUGACCGUGGGGAAUGGUGCGUUUGCGUCGAUACGGAGCAAAAAAAGGAGUAGGUGAGUCACAAUGUGCAAACUACAUCUCUACCGGAGCAGGUUCUUCAUCCUUGAAUUGGCAUGAUUUGUGUGUGAUGAGAUCACGAGGUCGUGAUUCAGUAGAAGGUGCUCGAGCUAAACCAGACGAUGGACAAGAACUGCAGUGAACCGGAAGAUAAGAUUACCUAACUACAAUACUUCCGGCGGGUCAUGAAAGCCAAUGCCUACCCGCACAACUUCGUCAACCAGUGCAUACGCAAAAGGGACGAAAGGUCAAACCGCAUGGACCCCAAAUUUUGGCUAGCGCUUCCGUACGUCAAGAACGUUUCGGAAGCUGUUGGCCGCCUUCUCGCACCACUUGGGCUCGGAGUUGCACACAGACCGGAGGGAACCAUCAGGCGUCAGUUAAUGAAACCAAAAGACCCGCUGCCACGGUGAAAAACGUCUCGAGUUAUUUAUCGGAUCUGGUGUAAUUGUGGACAAAUCAACUACGUAGGAGAACCGGAAGACAGCUCCGAACGAGAAUGCCCGAACAUGCUGCAUCGUGCAGAGAAAUGACGCGAACACGAGCUGUGGCUCAUUCGACGAGAUCCGGCCACACAUUCAAAUUUGAAGAGGCUGAAAUUCUCGCUAGAUCUGACAACCACGUGAGCCGAGAGCUGCUUGAGUCAUGGUUCACUGGCGCCCAGUCCAUCAACAAGUACAACGACCUUCCCCUUCCGUACUCGAUGCUGAGACUUCGUCUAUGCGAAGUAAUUUGCCACGCGGGAAACGCAGAGGCGAAUACUGUUCCCAACACCAGGGUCGGUGGGUCAGAUUGUCAACCAAUCAUAACACCAACAUCCAAUACACAUGAUGAGAUUGCAACAAUUAACGACGUGAAUGUCGGCUAUCAGUCAUUAUACCAAGUGCAACGAUCCCUGAUGAAGGCGGGAGCCGUGAAUAUUCAUAGGUAUGCGGUAGCAUGGCGACUGCAUCCUAUAAAUACUGCAGCUCCUUGUGCAUGAACCACCCGUACUUGCUUAUGUCUCUGAUGGUGGGUUCGAGCAGGAAUCCGUAACGUCAGGCGACCGUGUCUCCUUCACAAGAACCUCUAACACGCAGCCCAUCUGCGUCUCUUGACGCCGGACCGUCAGAGUCAACUUAUUUUGCAGCAUGACAAUACCCGAUCUCACGUGGUCCAACAAAUCAUCAAAAAACGUUCUGCCGCGCCCCACUGCAAUGGGGUGGCGUUACAAUCGGCAAAAGUGAAAACCUCAAAGACUGGCUUGGCAAAUACUUUAAUGCCAGACUGAACAAUUUUUCUUAUAGAAACUGCCCCAUCAACUGACCCAACCAAGGGAAGAGGUAGUAAACAACAAUGACGGGUGGAGCGAAUUUUGCCUUCAUAAGUAGAGCCAACGACUGCAAAGUUCUACUAGGCAACGCGAUACCCACAGUCGCAUGGGCCUAGCGUCGGUUGAUCGAUCUGACUUGUCUGUAGAUUAUACGUUUUUCUCCCUCGCCCCUAGACAACAAGCAGUUGCUGAGACGCAGACAGUUCAUCGGUAAGGUCAGCUGAAAAAAGAGGCGACAGUUGGAAUGAGGCGACAGUUGGAAUUUUUACCAUAGUUGGCAACUGUGAUAUCAUGUGCUCUUACAUCGCCCCUGCCUGUGCAUGCAAUGGUCCCAACUCGCGACGUCUGCUAACUCGAUUUUCCCCGGUUCCGUCCCGCAGUCGUUUGAUUACUGCCUGCACCUCUAGGCGCGUCUGUCUGCGAUAUCUCCAGUACAAAGGUAAAACAGAGGGUCCAACAUCGGAAAGAACCGGUAUACUCUAGCGUUCACCGCCUCCCAUGUCCUACAGCCGUCUGGCCGGUCGCUACCUUCCUACUGCCCAUGUUAAAUGUCCACUGUUUUCACAUAAUGCCUAUUUUGAGACUCUUUUUGUGCAUAAGGGGCGUUUUCAGUUCAAAUUCCGCUAAAUGCCUGAAAGGGAGAGAGGAAGUACCAGUCGGCCCCUUCGUGAUUAAAUGUUUAGCUUGCAAAAUAUUUGCUACUAAUAUACGAACGAGUAGCAAAAGUUUUUUGUCUGUUAAGAUGGCUUUCCUUCUGCGGCUUCCGACUGCACCUCAUCAAGGCAGACCGGUCUCAGUCCCCGAGAAGUUCGGGCUCUGCGACGCAAGGAGAAGUCUCGCCUAGCAGCCAAGGUACGUCGAAACAGGGAGAGCAAUAUUCUCUCCCAGCUCAUGCACGCUUUGCCCGUGCCCCUGGACGCUCCGUCGGCAUCGGCCGCAUCGCGCCUCAGGGCAGAGGACUCGACAGCAGCCCCCUGCAUGGCAGGCGUCGGUCUGGAGAAGUCAGGAGUCAUUCGCAUAGCUGGGCAGACUCUGUUCCUUUACAACAGUCUAUCACAAAGUGAGUUUCUUCAGUUGACUUUCGGGGCACAAUUUACGGUUUUUUGGGGCGAAACGGACGCGCUGUCCCCCCACCAUUGUUUCCCCCAAAGGGGUCGGAGAAAUAGUUCCUUUGCUAUGCGGAAAUUUUGUAGGUAUUCUGCUGUCAACGUUGACCUACUUUCUUGUGAAACGAUGUUGACAGAGCCUGGGCACAUUGUAAUGGCCAGUUAUGAUCAAUUCAGCUCUCAGUCUGGCAUUACAGAGGCCUCAACCCCUGUCAAAUCCAGCGAUCUGUCCACCCAAGCUAUCAACUCACACUCCAUAGGCUGAAAUCGGGGCCGCGCUGUCACAUAAGUACGUUGUUCACAAAUCUAUCUUGAUGUCAAGACUGUAAGAGCUAUUUCCGCCCUGCCCCUAUGCUCGGAGUCUAGUGUCGAUGCAGUUCUCACUCGGCGGCGCCAUUUUGGUUCCCCUAUCAAACGUCACUCCUAUCUCUUUUAGUUCUGGGAACCCAGUCGACUCCACUGAUAAGCCUUCUCAGCCGCUCCAUCUAUGGCCUUUUUGUGCAUCCCAAGAACCUUACCAUCGCCUACGUGACGCCCCCUCUUGCAGAAGCCCUGGGUUGGCCUUGGGUAGGUCCUUUGUCCAGCCCAACUCCCGCCCCAUGCGAUUCAUAGUUGUUUCAUUAACCUCUCCUAAAUUACUGCGUCUUCUACCUACCCCUCCGGUCCCAGAUCAAUCUGAUUGGUGAGCACGUCUCCGAGAUUCUUGAAGACGCCACUUUAGCGUCUUCCACCCCAUCCCCUCUGUCACCCUCACUGUAUCCUAAGAAGGCGCAGUCGAACAGUCUUGGGCGCCCUCUGAUGACCGCCGGCCAAACGGUUCGCCUGCGGAUCCUCCAGCCCUCCUCCCCGACGAAACCCUCCGUCCAUCCUUCCCACCAAAACCACUCUCGUCCUGGAAGUUGCCUGGAAGUCGCGACGCCUCCCUCGGCCAUGGUUUGGUCCUCACAACUCUACCGAAACAAGAGCUCUCAAUGGCAGACGACCCCCUCCCCAACCACGGACACGUCCAAACCCAAGUCACCCACAUCCCUGGUAAGUUGGACGGGGUGACGGAGCCUCUGCCAGAGGACACAUUCCGCACUGAAGAGGGAAGACCGUUAAGAUGAGGCUACGAAAAAGUAUGAAGCACUAGCAGAUCAUCUUUUUAUAUUUCCUCCUCCCCCCACCCUGCGUUUCCAGGUCUGCUCUUGUUUCGCAGCCGCCCAGGUGCCAAUCUCCCAGGUGCCCAGUCCCUCUCAAUCCGUCAGUUGUUGGUCUGCGAUGGAGACGUUUUCCUCCACAGUCUCAGAUGGCCGUGGUGCCUUCUUCGAGGACGAAGCAAACACCGUUCGUCAUCUGGAUCUCUACUUCCUACAGCCCCUAUUCAUACCAUCACCCCACAGUGUCGUGCAACGCGGCCUCAUCGACUCGACUCCUUCACUGAUCGGUCAACUGAUAACCGAUGGCUCACCUCGUCGCAGCCUGGAUCGUCUGCUCGCUGGGCGACAACAACGACGCGAUGGUGGUGGUGGAAAUCAAGCUGCAGACGGUAGUCCUGCCUUGCUCUCCGACGGGACUCCCCGGCGAGAUCAGUUUUUCACCUAUCUCGAUCGGAGCAUGCACAUCAAGAACGUCGAGUUUGGGUAACUUUCUACAGACAGGCGUAACUCUUGGCAUAUACCUGUUUUGACCUGGUAGAAGUAAAAACAAGGGUCAAGGAUCAACUAACGAAAGGUUUACGUGGAAAUUAGUCUGAUCUGUUUAUCAUGUAAACUUCACAUGAAAUUACAUCCCCCUCCUCUCUAAAAGGGAUAGAGUGUGUUAUCUUCUGACGCGUGAGCUCUGGGAACAGCCCCUUCAUUGUACACCCCGAGUAGCGUGAUGUCGAACGCAUUUGAAUGCCUUAUUAACUUCACUCCUAACGGUUUUUGUGAGUAGUCCGGGGAAUUUGACGAUUGCGUACUUUUUUUAAAAAAAAUCCUAGUUCUCUCCCUUACAUGCCAUAUUUUAAGAAGGCAUGAGUUUUCACAAAACAAGUAAAAAAUACGUUUUUGCGCACUUUUCUGAAAAAAAGAAAUUGAACCGAUGCAGUUAUCAGGGGCCAGUGGAAAAAUAAACACCGAUUACUAGUGAAGAUCACUCACGAUAUAGCAGUCAGCACACUGCUCUUCAGACAUGAAUUUGGGACCAUGUCCCCUAUUAUUAGUAAAUUUUGACAGUUCCGCCCAAGUAUCUUUUCGCCCUUGAAGGUGUACUGAAAGAGUUUUGAUCAUCGUUUGUCGGGUUUUACCCAUACUCUAAGCAUGACGGCUGUCAAUGGCUAGUUUCGCAGUUGUGUCCAUCGUCGGUACCUCCUAUUCGGUCUUACUUUAUACAACAAAUAAGCCUACUGAAUAUGCUAAAGUAGCAUGGCGUUUUGUAUUUCUAGGUCAGCCUGCCCUACCCGAGCUCUCGGCCAGAUAACCUAUGCAAUCGAACCAAGUGCGUAGACCGAAAUUGAUGUAUGAAUACUUGGGACGAUGCCCGUCGACCACAGCGGGAUAACCGCGUAAUUUUCAUUAGCUGCCGACAGGCAGCUAGUAGCAUAUAUUGGGUUGCAGGAUACCAUUCUAGCGGCACAGUUGCUAGCUGCAAGCCCAGACACGCGUGUUUCGCCGAUAUUCUGCCGCUUUAUGGCACAGCUGCAAGGAGUCCGGCUCAUCAGUGGGUCCUCCAGCAUUCCUUAUGUGUUUUCUGAUUGAUUCUCCGGUUUAGAAAUUGUCGUUUUUUAAUCCCCUCAGAAAAUGUUAAUCGCUUUCGGUUAUGCAGACUAUGCAGACAUGAAAUCACAUAGCCCAGACGCGAAUUCGAGAAUUCAGUAGUUUGAUCAGGGCGAUCGUUUCCUGACCAUGUUACUUCAUGCAUUUUCAUUGUCUACAUAAUCAAGAAAUGAACGAACUGGAAUAUGUUGUGAAAACCACCCAACACGAAGCUUUGUUGUGUUCAGUCGGUCGUCCAUUUGAUUCUUGCGAAAGGUGUUACAUAGGUAAGUGGGACAGACGAACUAGUGAGGACUGUCGGCACUUGUGGCAGUCAUGAGGUCAUCCCGCAAUUUCAUUAUUACGGACUCGCAAGUUACCUUCGACAGCCCUCUCUUCCUACGACUCUUUUUCUGAUUUAUUCGGUUUCGGUCUAAAUAUGACUAGAUGUGCGAAAUAGUCCUUAAAGCGGCCAAACAGCUCUCUCCAUAAGAUCAAGACAGUCAGGCCUCCAUCAUUCCCAUAUGCAGGAAGAUUACACUUUGUGUGUUCAUAUUACUACAAUUGUUUCGGUAGUGUCACUAUAGUAGUUAAACGACCGGUCCAGAAACACACGCUUCCUUUGUGCUACUUUAAUCGGCCUCUUUCAUCCCUGAGCCCGCGUAGCUGCCUUCACCGGCAUGAUCGAUAUUGCACCAACCACAGCGAACACUCGUUUGCUGGCAGUGCCAGAUUUAUCGACGUCGAGCUCUCUCAAGCGCUCUCCUCAUUGCAUUAUAAGGAAACGGCCACCGUUAGGGAAUAAACGACGACAGGCUGUUGGAACGCUUGACUUGGUUGUCUAAAUAUCAGUAAGGUUUAAUGGCAUUCUUAAAACUUCGACGUAGGUCUUUGUCGAACUCUCUAGCGCCUGCGAGCUUUCCAAGCCUAACGGCAUUCUCGUUGUUGUCUUGGUGCGACCGUCCGCACACCCUUUAUGUUUCUGAUAGAAAUACUGUUAUUCUCUCCUGUCCACUCACAGCUCGCUCUUCGACGUUUCCAACCUCAUUGGCCACUCUUUCCUUGAUCUCAUUCAUCUGGGCGAUCUGUCCUCGAUCACCAACCUGCUCAACAAGUGUGAGUUUUUGACGAACGUCAACUUUUCGUCGGACUCUUUUUCAUGAAUCGACUUUACCUUUGUUGCCCUGUUCAAAGUGGUUUUUACUGCAUGCGGCAUCGGCGCUUUCCUAAUACUGCCCCAGAACGAAUGCUCUCUACUGUGCAUCUCGCUUUUCAAAACACCUUUUAUGUGCAGGCCUAACUACCAAGUUGUCCCUGUGGACACCGCCUUAUCGCCUCCGGAUCCCUAGUCAACAACUCAAAGUUUCAGUUGAUUCUACGAAGUCUCUUUCUCCACCUCGCAUAAUCUGGAUACGAACGCUGUUUGCCUGCAUUCCGGGGGACUCACAAGUCAAGUGCAUCAACCAAAUUAUCGGGUUCGUCUGAGGUCUUACUUUACACAACAAACAACACUACUGAAUAUGCUAAAGUAGCAUGGUGUUUUGUAUUUCCAGGUCAAUGUGCCCUACCCGAGCUCUUGACCAGAUAACCUAUGCAAUCGAACCAAGUGCCUUCCACAGCCCCGUGCAAACACCCACCCUUCAGGCAAAAGUUAUCCAACCUCGAAUCAAAUUGGAGCCACAGCAACAACAACAACAGCAGCCAUUAGACCACCAGCAGCAUCUCUUGACAACUCUCCAAGCAAAGCGGCCAAUCCGCCUACUGAAAAUCCCCCGCAAUUCGGAGUUUGGCCAGGCGGCUCUGGCAUCAGGCAGGUCCUAUUCCCUGCCCACCUCCGGAAUGAGCUUAAUUCAGGUAAGUGGAAGUAACCAGUCUGCAGAAGUGAACGAAACAGGCCAUCAUUUUCGUUGAUUGUGAUCCCAGGCUGCGUCAAUAAUCUGCGCACUUACAGUAGGUGUGCUAACUCAUGAAAUGUCAUGAGUUAGCACAAGAAAAGCUUUAUAACGCAAAACCCACCCCCCAAACUGCGUUCCCUAAAGUCUAACGGCAGUUACAAAUCGACUAUUCUUGAAAAAUGUACAUAGCUGUGUUUGUAAUUUAUAAUAUUUAUAGUUUAAUAUUUAAUAUUUAAUUUAAAUAAUUAUAUAUAUAUAUAUAUAUAUAAUAUAUAUAUAUAUUAUAUAUAUAAUUUAUAUAAUAUUAAUUUAAAUAUUAAAUAUAAAAUAAAUAUUUAAUUUAAUAUUUAUAUAUUAUAUAUAAAUUCCAGUUUUCAGUGAAAGUUAAUUACUUUCACGCUGGUCAAUAUUAUAAAUACAAUAAUAUAAUAAAUAAUAUAUAAUAAUGUAUAACAUAAUAUAUAAUAAAAUAAUAAAUAAAUAAUAAAUAAAAGGCGUUCUCUAGUAAGUUUUCUGCUUAAUACGGCUUGAUCAUGACCUUUUGUCGAUGAAGUUCAAAUUCCUGCAUUCUUUUCUUAAUUACGUUCAUAGAGAACAUUGGCAGUUGUUCCCUGUGAAUGGUCUUCAUUGGCAUAUAAUUAUACUUUUUAGUGUACGACGAAUAAAAUCGUCGUCUUGCUUACUUGUGGACCGUUUUAGUCCACCAUGCUUAUUUCUGGGUACGGUUCUAUCAUUAAGUAUUCGCCUCAGAGUAACCUUACUAAUAUUGAAAAUCCCUACUAAAGACUCACGUGACAACCCUUCCAAUGCAGAUGUCCGUAUCCUUUCAUAGACGUUGUCUGGACAUCUUUGUCGCACGCCGUGACACAGAAAAAUGGUAGCAUGUUACACGUAUUCAAUAUAUAUAUAUAUAUAUAUAUAUAUAUACAUAUAUAUAUAUAUUUGUAUACGCCUAUUAGUUCUAGGUGUGGUAAAACAAACUACUGUCGGACAAGUCUAUUGCUAAGUUUUAUGGCGAGAAACGCUAUAAAUUUGCAAAAAAAUUUACAAGCUGAAUUUACCCUUUCUUCUUGAAAACAAUGUAAUUUCUCAUACUCGCCCUCACCUCAUUCUCAUGGAAGUAAGGUCGAAUUUUCCGUUUCCACACGAGAUUUAUUUCGUACUUUUCCUGUUUUUUAUUAAUCUUCGUUUACAGCACAAUGCACGUAAACCUGAAGUUUUGAUUUGCAAAUUUCAAUAGCGUAGGAAAUAGUCUAGAUAUUAGGAAAGGUCAGAUUUCGCCCAAAUUUGGCCUGUGUUCCUUUAAUAAAACUAACUUCAAAUGAAUCCCUCUUCGCUAAGUCGGUUUCUGUGCCUUAAAUCAUUUCAAUAAACACAAAUAACAACACCUAAUGCAUGACGCACUUCUCAGUCAAGUUUCGGCCACGACAUUUCAUGAGUUAGACUACCUACUGUAUGUGUCUCGAAUACAGUCCUUUAAGAGCUGACCUCACAUCUCUAUGUCAUCUGAACAAAACUUAGCGCACAGCCUUGCAAUAAAGUGUGCCGGGAUACCUCCUCACCACUUACCUCUUAGGGUAGACAGAAUGGCCGGUAAACGCCCCUUUCCCGUCUCUGUAAGUGCCUUUUUUCCCAAUAGCCUACCCGAUAAAAUUUGGUUGAUUCACAUGUUUUUCCCCCAUCUUUCGUUUUCAGCAGAGUAAAGGUUUGAGGCAGUUAAUUCUCUCAACAUCUCCACUGUGUUUCAACGUGACUGCUGGUGUCAAGGAGACGGAUGCGCAACACGGUGCCUACAGGCAACCGACCGUUCUGCCUCCGAUCUUCUGCACCCUACCAGGCCGGAAACUGCCGUCUCCACCCUCCCCCCUGCGUCUCUCGCCUCCUGAUCCUCCGUCUGUCUUUUGCAAACACCAGAGCACUGCGGUACUGAGCCAGUUGACAGUAGCGCCCACGUUGGCUCCGGCUCCACCACCACCGCCGCCGCCGCCAUUGCCGUCGCCACUUGGAGGGACUUUCGUCAGUUUCGACGCCAUUGAUGGCGGCCAGCAACAGGAGGAGGAACUGCAGGAAUUGGAUGUCGAUAUACUGGAUGCUAUGCUCGGCGACCCAAUGGCAGAUCCUCUGGGUGACCCCCCAAUCCCUGACUUUCCGCUCCCCACUGACUCCGACUUGGGUGACCUUGUCCUCAGCACACCGCCCCCGCUAGGAGCUGAGUAUCGGGCACCUCCGGUGAGCCCUAACGCGAGCAGAACGAGUGACGUCUCCUCGCUCUCUCCUCCUCUAUCCACUCCACAGCUUUUGCCCUCAUCUUCCUCGUUGAGUGACCUGGGCACCGAGCUGGACAGCGAUUUGAUGUCUGACUCCGAAGAGCUCUGGGAUCUGCUCUUUUCCGGUACGCACUACAUCCCGUUAGAUUUACUUCCCCUCUCGUUCAAGACACGAGUACUGUUAUCCUGCAUAAGCCAGGAAUGGCCAUCCGUCUCCCUCUUGUUUUUCGUCGGCAGUCUCUGCAUGUAUUUAUAUGUGAGUAAGGUGGUACCGACAAGACAGGCCAGGAUGGCCAUUUUUCGCUUAUUAGUCGUCGCCAGCCAGCCAACCUUACUCAGUUCUAGGUUUGGAGGUACCUGAGGUUCAAACCCGGGAACUUCCUUUGGUUAUUGAGCGUAAGUAAGUUCAGCUACUAGCCAUUGCGCCACGAGCUCGUUGUCCUGUCUGUUGCGAUCGGAUAUAUUAACAAUGGUGGAGGGGCGCUCACUCGUCAAGCCUCGGGACAUGCUCGUCCCAUUGUGCCCUGGGUCUCAAUUUAAAGCCCUUGCAGGCAGUCACACAGCGACUAGUAGUAUAUUCAGACAAGAGGUUGUCCAGCAAAGACGAGAUCGGGCUGGACAUUGCUGGCUUAUUGACCAUGUUCAGCCAGGCUUACCAAAUCCCAGCCAUAAAUAGGACAUACCAGUCUUCUUUGUCUUUGCAACGUCUCAUCUGCAUUUACCGAUCGUUUUUACGGAACUCACUCGUCCCGUUGGGCCCUACGGGCUCUCUCUCGAACCCAACCAGCAGCCGCACAGCGGCGCAUGAUAUAGGCAGUACGUUAUUACCGACCAAGACAAGGGAGACUGGAAUGGCCAUUUCUGGCUUAUUAGCCGUCGUCAGCCAGUCAUGCCCGACCCCGAAAUGUGGAACACUUGGGGCUCGAUCCUGCGACCAACGCCUCUAACCAUUGAGCCACGGGCCCCUUGUCUUGCCUAUUACAUAUAUAUAUAUAUAUAUAUAUAUAUAUCAGAAAUGGGCGCACACCGAUCUAUUGGCUUCACAAAGCAAACAACCUCCGUAUGUGUGGCAAAGGUUACGAACAGGCAACCAAUUACCAGGCCGAAGUCGGCCAAGUCAUAAUAGCAGCGAGGAGGGACGACAGAGAAUGCGGGUAGAUUGAUACAGCACUGUUUCGGGCUUAUUCUGCCUUCAUUCAGCCAAUCAUAACCCUGACCACCAGCAGCUGGGACCAGAAACACAAACAUGCGCACAGACGCACCUGGCGCAGUGGUCCACCACUGAGGCCUACCAGAUGGGUCGUAAGCACUUCAUCGAACCGAAGUUCAUCAGUGCCUCGCCACCUGUCAUUCUCUGUCGCUGCAGAUCGGGUAUUUAUCAAUCAGUAGUAAUAAUAACAGUAGUAACUAUAUCACUUUCACAGUCUCCAGGUUAUGUCCUGACUUUUAUAAAUUUAGAACUCUAGGUUUUGUGUGUUUCUGUCAGGUGUAAUAACACAGAAUUCUUGCUGAUUGUCAUAUCCUUUUAGACUUUACAAAUCUGCCUCUGGGUACUGAACCCUUCAAAACGGAAGCAUCCUGA